AUGAGAGGAGGAAAAGCAAAGAUUCUAUCAGACCAAUUCCAGAAGGAUGACCGAGGAAAGAAUCUUUUCCAGAAGGAGUGGUGGCAGCAGAGGCAAGACAUCAGACCAUCUCCAACAAAAGAAGACAUCAGACCAUCUCCAACAAAAGAAGCCAUCAGACCAUCUCCAACAAAAGAAGCCAUCAGACCAUCUCCAACAAAAGAAGCCAUCAGACCAUCUCCAACAAAAGAAGCCAUCAGACCAUCUCCAACAAAAGAAGACAACAGACCAUCACCAACAAAAGAAGACAUCAGACCAUCUCCAACAAAAGAAGACAUCAGACCAUCUCCAACAAAAGAAGCCAUCAGACCAUCUCCAACAAAAGAAGACAACAGACCAUCUCCAACAAAAGAAGACAUCAGACCAUCUCCAACAAAAGAAGACAUCAGACCAUCUCCAACAAAAGAAGACAUCAGACCAUCUCCAACAAAAGAAGACAUCAGACCAUCCCAACAAAAAAGAAGACAUCAGACCAUUCCAACAAAAGAAGCUUUCAUCAGACCAUCCCCCAACAAAAAGAAGAAGACAUCAGACCAUCUCCAACAAAAAAGACAUCAGACCAUCUCCAACAAAAGAAGACAUCAGACAUCUCCAACAAAGAAGCCAUCAGAUCGUUCCCCAACAAAGAAGCCAUCAGACCAUCUCCAAAUAAAAGAAGACAUCAGACCAUCUCCAACAAAAGAAGACAUCAGGACCAUUCCAACAAAAGAAGACAUCAGACCAUCUCCAACAAAAGAAGACAUCAGACCAUCUCCAACAAAAGAAGACAUCAGACCAUCUCCAACAAAAGAAGACAUCAGACCAUCUCCAACAAAAGAAGACAUCAGACCAUCUCCAACAAAAGAAGACAUCAGACCAUCUCCAACAAAAGAAGACAUCAGACCAUCACCAACAAAAGAAGACAUCAGACCAUCUCCAACAAAAGAAGACAUCAGACCAUCUCCAACAAAAGAAGACAUCAGACCAUCUCCAACAAAAGAAGACAUCAGACCCAUCUCCAACAAAAGAAGACAUCAGACCAUCUUCCAACAAAAGAAGACAUCAGACCAUCUCCAACAAAAGAAGACAUCAGACCAUCUCCAACAAAAGAAGACAACAGACCAUCACCAACAAAAGAAAAAAAUAGAAU